AUGAGUGCUAUACUGAAAUUCAUCCGUGAAAACCACAUAUUGGCAAUUAUAGAACAAGCGAUCGCAAAGAAAAAGUCCCGUUUGAGCUUAAAUUCGUUCGAAAUUACAGAAAUUCCCUUACUGCUGUAUUCCUGUUUGGAACUCGAACAUCUUUAUUUACACCUAAAUAAUAUAACAACAGUGCCAGUUCAAAUAACGGAGCUACUAAACUUAACUACUUUAACUUUAGAUUACAACAACAUAACUUCAUUGCCAGCAGAAAUAGGUAAUUUAAAAAACCUCGUCAACUUGAACAUUAGUUAUAACCCGUUAAAAGUUUUAAUACCAGAAAUCGGUGAGUUGGAGAACUUAGAAGCGUUCUGGUGUAAUAAAAUUGGUUUACGAGAGAUUCCAAAAGAGAUCGGCAAGUUAUCGAAAUUGGAUACAUUUGGUGCAAGAGGCAAUGAAUUGAAAACUAUACCAGAGGAGAUGACCUGGUUAACUAAACUACGAUGGUUAACCUUAGAAAACAACCAGAUAGAAACACUGCCAAACUGUUUACAUAACAUGGAAGCAAUAGUACAUUGUAAUCUUAGAAGGAAUAGGCUAAAAGAGUUUCCAGUCUCACUUCUGAAAUGUGUCGAUAUGAUGUUUUUACAACUAAAUAACAAUCAGAUAUCCAGUUUGCCAGAAAAUUUCAGCACCAACUCCAUGACACUACUGGAAAUGAUUGAUCUGCGAGACAAUCCCAUUUGUGAACUUUCACAUCCGGAUCAUCCUCUAGUGCGCUACACAGAUGAUUUACCAUCAGUAUCACAGGAUAUCUCCCCCUCGAGUAGCAGGCCACAACAUGGGGGUGCAAUUGCUGCACAAGCACUAGCUGUAAAUGCUACUGCUUUAAGGUUACCAGCUGUGCCAGCACCAAGACAUCCAGACUUAAUCCUUGAAAUGGAGAUUGAUGCAUCAUCAAUAGAGUCAUCAGAGGAUUGGGAGAACAGUGUCAAUAGUUCAGAGCUAGAUGUCCAGUACCAGAGUGAUGAAGAAAGAGGAGACAAUGAGAUCGCACAAUUCUUCCAGGCGGUGGGGAUGGUGUUACCCGAGCUAUCACGAUACGCAUCUACGGCUAGUUGA